AUGAUAGCAAUAGCGUACCGCGCCCUCGACUUUCGGUCGCUGCUGGUACCGGGCGGCGGGGGACUCUUAACCACCAUGAACCCAGCUAGGCGCUGUGGAGAGAAGUGGGGAGCCAAUCCUACGUCUGUAACCAAGCGCCAGGAUGAAGAACCUGGGGCCUCCGCAGAAGACUGGGAGGGCACUCAGGUCACUCUCAGCGGGUGGAAGAGCCUGGUGAAUGGGGAUCCCCGGCUCGGCCAGUCGGGCCAAGAGGACGGUGAGCAGGUGUUUGAAGGGUUUGGGGCGGGGGUGGGGACCAACGUGGAUUUGGCGGGGCUGCCAACGAGGAACAGCGAUGACAUGGACUUUCUGCUGGACGAUCUGGACAUCAACAGUACGCCAAGCAGCCCGGCCAUCAGCUAUGGGGGGACGCAAAAGGACUACUACGCGGACGGAGGGGAGACGGAGCCAGGGCAUGGGUUCCUGGGGGCCACGGAACAGGAUUACCGGUUGCAGGAUCAUAGUGGGGCGCGCCAGGGGGAGAACCAGGACGACAAGAACCGGGCUCUUGAGGAGCUGUUUGGUGCCCAGGACAACACGCAGGACGGGCUGGAGAACCUCCUCUCGUCCUUCUCACAACAAGUCUCCGGAGAGGAGAGUCGGGGGAGUGCGCAGGCUGGCCCCUAUGAAGGGGCUUUCUUCGAAGUCGACCAAGCCAAGCAGGAAGACUUCCUCGACCAGCUCUUAGCGGAAGCUAAAAACGCAAACCCCACCACCGAAGCCGUCCCCGUGCCCACGUUCUCCACAAGCAGUGGUUUGCAAGGGUCCGGUGUCUUUGGGUCCCUCAACGUGUUUGACUCCAGAAACACCCCCGACUUUGCAAAGUACCAGGACUCGCUGCCACGCAUAUCCACCCUCUCGCACGGUCCCCCCCCGGACCUCCCAUUCCAGCAGCGGGUCUCAGCAAUCCCCCCCCAGAACGAUUCAAACAGCCCUGACGACCUCUGCCUGAAGAUUGCGUCUGCCCUGGCGCAAAAAGGCGUCAAGCCAGACGGCCUUAGGCUCGGCCUCACUCCCCCGCUCCUCAAACCUAAAGUCCAACCGGGAAUUCCCACGGAUACCCCCGGGGGGGUUGCACGCUCUGCACCUACGAGCCCCCCGGAGACCCCCCGGUUCCGGCAGGGCCUGUCUCCGAGUCAACUCCGGAGGACCAAGUCAGUGCACACCACCCCGGAUGGUUCCCCCCGCGCGCUUUCCCCCGCUCCAGGGGGGAGGCAUUUCUCCCCGUCCCCCUCCCCAAGCACCGUUCUCACGAGCGGGCAGCGCAGCCCCAAGCGGAAGGACAAUCCCGUUGUACGGGCGUCGACUCCGAAGCGCCUGAACGGCGCGCCAGAAAAGGGCGUGGCCCAGGUGUUGGCAAACGCGAGCGGGGCACUCAAGGCCAGCGGGGCCAACUUCGGUCUGCCGCUGAGGGCGAGUUCGGCAGACCCAAUGCGGAACGGCUUGUAUUAUGACGACGAGGGGGUGCCGCACUGGAAGGGCCCCGCACCGAAGAAAGGGGAGGCGGGGUAUGACGAUUACCUGCGGUACCGCCAGUUUCUGUCGGCGAAGGCGAGGGAUAAGAAGGCGGCGCUCCAGCGGAUCGAGAAGGAGAGCCAUGUGCGGCUGCAGGGCACGGUGGAGGUCCUGGACGAACAGCUAGAGGUGCUGGUGCUCAAGCUGCAGCGCUGCCUCUCGCAACAGGACGGGGAGAGCCCCCUGAGAGAGAUACUGAAUGCUGCGGAGUCGAUGAAGCAGCAGGUUCGACAAAGCCUCGACUGGAGGCAAGAGCAGGAGGCGCAACUUAUGGAUCACAUAGAAAAGGGUCAGGGCAGUGCGGAUGACGCAGGCGACUUUGACAAGGCGAGGGAGCUAGACGAAUUGGACAUCAAAAGCUGGUCUUAGGGCCACAUGAACAGGUCGGUGGUCUGACGUCGAUAUUGGGCGUAGGCCAAUGGGUAUAUGAUAGAACCAUUAUGUAAGCUGUAAAUUCGGCAUGAACUCGAAAAAGUCAAAAGGCUCUGCGGGGCCCCAAUAGCUGCAAAGGUGAAACGAGUUUGUUCAAGGUAGCAGAGAGAGCCCUGCCCAAUGGUACUAGUUGGUUAUAAUGGUACAGCUCAGACAAUGCGGGCUCGGAGGUGUCACGCUCUAAUGUAAUUAAGUACUUAGAUGGCAAAGCCGUCAUGUUGAUAAUGUCAGGGUCUUGGUCAGGGUGCCUUCAAACCACUCAGUGUACUCUGGUAGUUCACGGGAGUUCGAGGAGUAGAGACACUUCCAAGUGUUCCGUUAAGCAUGAGCUUGAAUUGCAUCCUGAAGUUCAACGUGUCAUCAUGAAGUGCUCUCAUGCAGGGCAUGGUGCAGAG